AGAGCUCGCCAGUGAAGCAGUGGAGCUGCGCUGAGUUAACUGGAUACAGAGCAGUUAGUUUCAGACGCUGCCCUCAGACUAACCUCUGAAGAUGGUCAAUCACUGCUGCGUCUCUGGAUGCAGAAGCGAAGCCAAGCGCACCACUAAGCGCUUCCACAGGUUCCCUAAAGACCUGAACAUCUGCAGACUGUGGCUCUCAGUCAUAAAGCACCGACUGGCCUCAGAGAACAUAAACAGAGACAGUGUGAAGAACCUGCGGGUGUGCAGUGAUCACUUCUUACCGGAGGAUUACAGAGAGAGAUCCUUAAAUAACUCGCUCAACGCUUCAGCUGUGCCUUCGGUUUUCUCAUGGAAUCUACCUCGAAGAAGCGACACCGAGGUGUUUUCCAAUAAAGAAGGUACGGCCUCAAUGUGUUCAGAGGUGGAAGAGAAAUCGUGGCGUAAAGCUGUCAAGAGCCUUCAAACAAAUCACGGAACUAGCAUUUUCAAGAGUAAUGAGGUGCUGGUGAGCACACAGUGUUUGCUGGAGCUCUUCCAGUACUGCUCGCUCUGUCAGAUAGAGAGCUGCAUUACCAUUGAGGGCCAUGAGAAGCAGUUUUCAAUUACCCAGGACUGCCAGAGCUGUGGCUAUCACAGACAGUGGAGGAGUCACCCCACUCCCGCUGACGAACCUGCGGAGGCCUUAAAUACGCAGCACAAAGACCCUGAGGAGGCCAUCCAUGAAGAACAAGAGGUUGAGGAUGCAGAGACGGAACAUACUCCUGAGCCUGGGGACGAGGAUGCGGAGGAGGUUGUGAUUCAGAUUGUGUCGUCGGAUAACGAAGGCACCGAACAGAACUGUGAGCAGGUGUUGCUCGAAAAGAACGAAUCAUAUUUAUCAAGGGCUGAAGAGAAAACAAGUGAACGUGAAGCACCAGAGAAAAAGAAAAACGGAAAGAGAAAGUCUCAGAGAGAGGACCAUUUGGAUGAAGUGGCCGCAGACUCUGAUAUAUCCAAAGAUGAAGGUGUGUUCAUUGUAGAAGAGGUGGAGAAAACAAACAUGGAAAAGAGGGAGUCCAAGAGGCAGGAGAGAUUGGAUAAAGUGGAUGCAGACUCUGAUGGCUCCAUGGAUGAAGGUCUCUUUAUUGUGGAAGAGAUGGAGAAAAAGAAUACUGGAAAGAAGGAUUCUAGGAAGCAGGACAGUUUGGAUGAAAUGGCUGCAGACUCUGACUCUGUGAUGUCCAAGGAUGAAGGUUUCUUCAUUGUGCACCAGGUGGAGAAAAGAAGCACAAGAAAGAGGAAGUGUAAGAGGCAGUACAACUUCAAUGAAGUGGAUGGAGACUCGGACGAAUUCUUGGAUGAAGAUCUCUUCGUUGCGGAGGAGGAGGAGAAAAAGGAAUCGGGAAAGAGGAAGUCUAAGAGGCAGGACAGUUCAGAUGAGUGGGAACCACGUUUGGAUGAGGUGGCAGCAGAUUCUGAUGUAUCCAUGGAUGAAGAUCUCUUUAACACGUUAACAGAGGAUGGUCAGGGUAAAGUUGUAGUCUGGUGCACAGUCUGCAAGACUGACGCUACGCUCUCUUGUUCCCUCCAUCGCCACAAAAAAGUGUUCGCCUGUGCCCAGUGCGGCGCUGGUGACGACGUCGAGACACAUAGUUUUGAAAAACUAGCUUAUCGCUUUAAUAACUUUGCCAGCUUUCAGAAACAUGCUGAAAAGGAACAUGGAGCCAAACCACUUCACAAAGUCUGUCAGGAAUGUGGCAAGCUUAUUUUAUCAGAACCCAAAUCCAGCGGUAGGAAAGAUCACAAAUGUGAAAAGGCCAAACCUAUCGUCUGUCCAGAAUGUGGGAAAAGAUUCCUUACCGAGGUCGGCUUAAAGAGACAUUUCAGUAAGCUCCAUAAAGACGCUGACCACCCGUGCAAAUACUGUUUAAAGCUCUUCACGAACAGGCCAUCAAAGCUGGAGCAUGAGCAGACCCAUCCAAAGGAGAAACAGCCAUACAGCUGUCCAGACUGUCCAGAGAGGUUCGACAACAUUCACAAACGCAACACCCACCUCAAGCUCCAUAGAGGUCCGUAUAAGUAUGCCUGUGACACUUGUGGGAAGCGCUUCAGGGACAUCAUUAUGCUGAAGAGACAUAAACUCAUUCACUCUGGAGAAAAGCCCUUCAGGUGCCAGGUGUGCGAUCGUUCCUUCAACCAAAUUGGAAAUCUCAGCUCCCACAUGCGUCUCCACACCGGGGAGAAGCCCUUCAUGUGUGAGCAGUGUGGAGAGUGUUUCAACCACAACGUCAGCCUGAAGAACCACCUGAUGCGAUAUCAUUAUUCAGGUUUGUCUCAGAUGGAGACACAGUAGUGCCAAGUUGAUCCAGAGAACAGUGCGCUGUAUAGAGGGUGGAUGUUGAAAAGGGAGACAGUGUAACCAUCACAUGGUUUUGUUACUUUGAAGUUCUCAGUUCAUUUAUGGCUCUUACCUAGAACAACUAGGUAGUCAUACACCCUAAAUAGACUGAAUGAGCCAUACUAUGAAGCCAGUCUCCUGAAAAGAUGGAAUGACAUUAAUCUGAAUUACAGUACUGUCCAGCAUUGUUGGCAUGUUUGGUAAGAAUAAUGGGGGGAAAAAGCCCAUAAAAGCUUCACCGACUGGAUUUCUCCGGCUGGAUUUCUCACCCUUGUUCAAUAUAUAGCCGCAAAACAAGGCAUUUUUUCCUCAUUUCUUUAUUUCCAAAGGUGCCAGCAAUUCUGAAAAUCGCUGUGUGGGUUAUCCAUGUCAAUUUACCAGAUGACACUUUUGACACUUGAUUUUAUCACAGUUCUGGGAAUAGUAAGUUGUCUUGAGACUCUAUAACCAACUUCAGGCCAUGUAACCAAAACAGCAGCCCUAUGCCUGCUGGCUAAAUCAUAAAUUUAGUUAACCAUUUAUACAACCCCAUUUCCAAAAAAGCUGGGACGCUGUGCGUAAUGUAAAUAAAAAUAUAAUGCA